UGCUCGCUGACGCUGACGUCCAUGACACAAAACUGGUGGAAUCAAAAACAAAAACACCGAGAGGAGCACAUUUUUAUUUUCCAAAGAUCCAAAGGGAAAAAAAUCAUAUAUUUUCGGAACCCUUACAUUCAAACCAAGCUUCAAAAUGGCUAUGUCUAAGACGACCAACACUUACAACCGGCAGAACUGGGAAGAUUCGGAAUUCCCAGUUUUGUGUCAGACUUGUUUGGGUGACAAUCCUUACAUCAGAAUGACAAAAGAACGCUUCGGAAAGGAGUGCAAAAUCUGCAACCGACCGUUCACGGUAUUCAGGUGGUGUCCAGGCGCGAGGAUGCGCUUCAAGAAGACAGAAAUCUGUCAGACUUGCAGUCGACUGAAGAACGUCUGCCAGACGUGUCUGCUCGACCUCGAGUACGGUCUGCCCAUCCAGGUCAGGGACCAAGCAUUGCGAAUAAAGGAUGACCUGCCUAAGUCGGACGUCAACAAGGAGUUUUACAUCCAGAACAUCGACGCCGAGGUGGCCAAGGGAGGCGACGUUGCCCUUGCGGCCGGUGCGGUUGGCAAAGCUGCGCCGCACAGCGAUCUGCUGAUGAAGUUGGCGCGCACCAGUCCUUAUUACAAGAGGAACCGGCCGCACAUCUGCUCGUUCUGGGUCAAGGGAGAGUGCAAGCGAGGGGAGGAAUGUCCGUACCGCCAUGAGAAACCCACUGACCCCGACGAUCCUCUUUCCGACCAGAACAUCAAGGACAGGUAUUAUGGUGUUAACGACCCUGUGGCUGAAAAACUGCUGAAGAGGGCAGAGGCGAUGCCUAAAUUGGAGCCUCCUGAUGACAGGAGCAUCACCACUCUUUAUGUUGGCAAUUUGUCCGAGAAAGUGACUGAAACCGAACUUAGGGACAAUUUCUACCAGUAUGGUGAGAUCCGCAACAUCACCCUGGUGCCUCGGCAGCAGUGCGCCUUCAUCCAAUACACGUCGCGGUCAGCAGCCGAGGUAGCGGCUGAGCGCACCUUCAAUAAGCUGAUCCUCCAAGGUCGUCGAGUGACCAUCAAGUGGGGUCGCUCGCAGGCCCGUCAGGGAGCCCCGGGCUCAAAGGAUCCCGAAGGCAACUUCAGCGAACUUGAGCCUGUGCCAGGUCUACCAGGAGCCCUGCCGAUGCCCUCCGGAGACUUGCACAGCAACUUCUUCAAUCUGACGCCAAGCGGUCAGUCGUAUGGAAUGGCCCCGGCCAUUCCGCCAAUGCUCAUGCCGCCGCCCAUUGCAGCACCUCCUGGCUCAUUUUUCUUCCCUAGCCAGGUUCGGCCCACAGGAAUGCAAGCGCCACCACCAAUUCCAGGAUUUGAGGCUCCAUUGCCGAAAGCAGCUCCGUCAAGUGCAGCAGGUUCUGCUGCAGGCUUGAGUGCUGCCCCCAAGGUGCACUACCCUUCACAAGACCCUGCGCGGUUGGGAGCGACUCAGGGCGUCAACAAGGCCAAGUGGAGUGAAAUGAUGCAAAAUGAAGCCGAAUAAUGGACUUGCAACACAAAGUUAGAAAAAAAAAGAAAAAUCGUGUACGGCAAAUGGCCAUAAAUUUUUAGUAAAAAAAAACUUUCUGCACUGAUUUGUGCUGCUCUCACUACAAUUUCAAUAUCCAAUAUAGCUUUUAAAAGCACUAACAAAAUUAAUGGCAUCUUUAUUUCCAGUUGUGAGGAAACUCAGGAAACCCUUGGCAACAAAUAAAACUGAAAAAGCAAA